AAUGUGAUAAAACACAGUACAUAAUGUCCAGCUUAACCAGGACAUGUCUGUUCACCAGCUGGACAAGGAUAUGUCUGUUCACCAGCUGGACCAGGACAUGUCUAUUCACCAGCUGGACCAGGACAUGUCUGUUCACCAGCUGGACCAGGACAUGUCUGUUCACCAGCUGGACAAGGAUAUGUCUGUUCACCAGCUGGACCAGGACAUGUCUGUUCACCAGCUGGACCAGGGCAUGUCUGUUUACCAGCUGGACCAGGACAUGACUGUUCACCAGCUGGACCAGGACAUGACUGUUCACCAGCUGGACCAGGACAUGUCUGCUCACCAGCUGAACCAGGACAUGUCUAUUCACCAGCUGGACCAGGACAUGUCUGUUCACUAGCUGGACCAGGACACGUCUAUUCACCAGCUGGACCGGGACAUGUCUGUUCACCAGCUGGACCAGGACAUGUCUGUUUACCAGCUGGACCAGGACAUGUCUGUUCACCAGCUGGACCAGGACAUGUCUG